AUGCCCCGCGGUUUCCUGGUGAAGAGGAGCCGCAGACCCACGCCCAUCUCCUACCGGACCCGCUGCUGCUGCCCGGCGUCGGCGGCCGCCGAGGGAGGCGACCCGGCGCAGCUCCUGGGGCCCCCGCCGAGCCCCGGGCCGCUCUCGGCCUCGCAGCCCGCCGAGGCGCCUCUUCUGCUGGCGCCCGCGGCGCCGCACUUCGGGACGCCCGACGGCCCCGCCGCCCCGGCGCAGCCCCUGCGCAGCCCCGCGCGGGCCGUCAGCGAGGAGCGCAGCCUGCCCCUGGGCUCGCCGCUCUCGGCCGAGUCCUUUCCGGCGCCCGAGCCUCUGCUCCUGGGCCCCGGGGCCGAGCUCAAGCUCUGGGCGGUCGCGGCCAUCGCCGCCGCCGCCCCGCCGCCUUCCCCGGCUCCGGCGGUGGCCCCGCAGCGCAGCCAUGGCCCGAGCCCCGGCGCGUCCAAGCGGCCUCAGGGCCGGAAGGCCAAGGCGGCGCGCAAGCUGCACUUCGAGGAUGAGGUGACGACGUCGCCGGUGCUGGGGCUGCGCAUCAAAGAGGGCCCCCCCGAGCCCGCCUCGACGGCUCCGCAGCAGCAGCAGCAGCACCAGGCGGGCGCCGGCGGAGCAUCGCGCGCGGGCGGCGCGCAGCCGCUGGGCGAGUUCAUCUGCCAGCUGUGCAAGGAGCGCUACCCCGACCCGCUGGCCCUGGCGCAGCACAAGUGCUCGCGCAUCGUGCGCGUCGAGUACCGCUGCCCGGAGUGCGACAAGCUCUUCAGCUGCCCGGCCAACCUGGCCUCGCACCGCCGCUGGCACAAGCCGCGGCCUCCCAGCGCCGCCAAGCCCAAGGCUGCGGCCGACGAGCCACCCGCCAAGGGAGGAGGCGGCAGCGGCAGCGGCAGCGAGAGGGACACGCCGAGCCCCGGCAGCGGAGGAGAGCCCGACGGCGGCGGCGGCGAGGAGUUCGCGUGCCCGCGCUGUGCCAAGCGCUUCCGCCGCCAGAGCGCCCUGCGCAAGCACCUGCCCCUGCACCACGAGCCGCCGGACGGGCCGGCCUCGGCGCGGGAGCCCCCGGACGCCUGCCCGCCCGAGGAGGCGGGCGCCCGCCCCAGCCCGCUGAGCUUGCCCGGGGAGUGCCACCCGUGCCCCGUGUGCGGCGAGCCCUUCGCCGGCAAGAGCGCCCAGGAGCGCCACCUGCGCCUGCUCCACGCCGCCCAGGCCUUUCCCUGCAAGUACUGCCCGGCCACCUUCUACAGCUCGCCGGGCCUGACCCGCCACAUCAACAAGUGCCACCCGUCGGAGAACCGCCAGGUCAUCUUGCUGCAGGUGCCCGUGCGCCCGGCCUGCUAG